AUGGCUCCCUUUAGACCUGACAGCAUAUUGAUUAUAGAUCCCAAAUCGGAUCACGUUUUAGUUCAGUUUGGAGUGAAUGAUGAAACGUUCAUGAUUCCAGACUACAAGAUUCCAUCAUGCAUAUAUAAAGAUUCAACUACAGGUAAUUACUUGUCGUCAAAGGAUGAUGGCAAUAGUAACAUCGAAACAAUCUAUCCAAUAGUAAAUGGUGAAAUUAAGGAUAUUGAGGCUUUCUUACAAUUGUUAAAGACAAUAUAUGGAUCUGUAUUGGCUGAGAAAUCAAAAAAUAACCCAAAUGCAUUUGAUAUAGAAUUAGCUAAUAUUCCAUUAUUAUUAAUUACACAACAUUCAUGGUCUCAAUUUCAAUUAGAAAAAAUUACACAUUUUAUCUUUGAAGAAUUAAAGAUUAAUUACAUGAUGUUACUACCUACAGCUGUCGCAACUGCUUACGCUAUGGUUUCUUUACAAAAUUGUUGUGUUAUUGAUAUCGGUGGAAAUCAUACGGAUAUUAUUCCAAUUGUAGAUUACACAGCAAUGAACCAUUUAACAUCAUCGUUAUCUAUCGGUGGUAAUUCAAUUACAGAAACUUUGAAGGAUAAAUAUUUACCACAAUUGUCCCUGGAUCAAAUAGAAUCCUUAAAAAAAUCAAAUAUCUUUGAAGUAUUGACUGAUAAUGCUGUUCGUAAAAGAUAUCAAGAUGAUUUAGAAAAUAGUAUCACCAAUGGUGAUGGUAAUGAUGAGGAUAUAAUUAAUGUGGCUGAUCUUGUGACUAGUGGUCGUGACGCUAGAGAAGUCUUAGAAGAAAGGGAACGUAGUAAAAAAGAGAAAAACGUUUCCAAUGCAGAAUUAGAAUAUAACUAUUAUUGGGACACAAACGGUAAUAACAUUAAAGUAGGUAAAGAAAGAUUUCAAGGAUGUGAGCAAUUGAUAAAUUCCAUCUCAAGGAGGGUAGGUAUUACAUUGAGUCAAAUUAGUGAUACAUCUAAAUUAAAGGCCGUUUGGGAAAAUAUUGUCAUUAUUGGUGGAACAUCAUCUAUUCAAGGGUUCAAGGAAGAAUUAUUGAACCGUUUAAUAGAAAAUCAUUUAAUUACUGAACCGGAAACUGAAAUGGAAGAAAGAGAAGACGCUCAUAGAGACCCUACCGAGACAGGUAACAAUAAGAAAAAAGCUACUAAGGCUUUCCAAAAUAUGAUAACUUCUGCUAUUCAAAAUAUUGAUUAUGUUCAAGCACCUUCUGUAAUAAGGCUUGCCAAAUACGCUGAAUAUUUCCCAGAAUGGAAGAAAUAUGGGUACGCUGAAAUUCAAUUCCUUGGAGGUCAAGUUGUAGCCAAACAAGUCUUUACUCAUUCUAGAGACGUCUAUUAUGUUACAAGAGAAAAUUAUGAUAAGUUCGGCCCCACUUGUAUAUGGGACGUUGAAUUUUAA